AUGGGGUAUCGGGCAUCAGCAAAAAAGGCUCAGUUCUGUAAGAAGCUAGUCACCUACCUAGGGUAUCGGCUUCAGGACGGUCAGGGCUGGCUGACGGAGGGACGAAAACAGGCUGUAGCCCUGAUUCACCCACCCAAAAAUUCCAGGGAGGUGCAUGAGUUUCUGGGUAGUUCGGGGUUCUGCUGCCUCUGGAUUCCUGGCUUUGCAGAAUUAGCAGCCCCACUCUACCCUUUGACUAAAGUUAUGGCCCCCUUUGUAUGGAAAAAGGAGCACCAGGAGGCCUUUGACAAUAUCAAACGGGCCUUGUUGUCAGCACCUGCCCUGAGUCUCCCCAAUAUAAACAAGCCCUUCAUCCUCUAUGUGGGUGAAAGGGCAGGACUGGCAAAAGGAGUCCUAACACAGCAGCUUGGGCCAUGA